AACUUGUUGUAUAGUGCGAGUGCCGCUUAAAUAUUUGUCUUUCCUUUUUAUUGAACUUUCUGGUUAAAUUCCUUGUAUUGAUAUAUAUAAAAAUCUCGGGUUAAUGGCGAAUUUUCCUACAUUGGGGGCUCAACAAGAAACCAACCGAAAAAUUCUCGAGGAUCUACAGUUGAAGAAGCAACUAUUGCAGAAAGGCAACAUACCCGGACUAGGUGCAGGAAUAUCAACAAAUAGCCUUUAUCAAAUACCUGCAAGUCAACUUUUGCAAUCCUCGGACUUUUCUCAAAGUAGUGGAUUAGCAAACGCACCACGCUCGGUGUUUAAUGCAACAACAUCCACUACAUUAGGAUUCUUUGUAUCGCAAGAUUCUUAUUACGGAAACACUUUUAUACCUGUUUUACCCCGCCUUGAUCCUGCGCCACCGAUGAACUAAAAUUAUGGCGUGCAUAAAGUUGAAAAAACUGGAGGAGUACUUAAAUGGUUUGGAUAGUUUUGAAAAACCGAAAAUAAAAUUAGAACAGUACAUUACUCCCCCGCAUAUAGCAAGUUGUGUGCUCUACAACAUACAGACAUUAUACGGUGAUAUCGAAGGAAAAUAUGUUGCUGACUUGGGCUGUGGUUCUGGGAUGUUGAGUAUCGGCUCUUUUCUGCUCGGCGCUGGUAUGACCGUAGGUUUUGAAAUCGAUGAUGAUGCCUUAAAUAUAUUUCGUGAAAAUGUAACAGAUAUGGAACUACCGAACUUAGAUUGCGUUUUAUGUGACGUAUUGACAUUGCCUAACAGUAAGAAAUGGGAAAAUGCUUUUGAUACGAUUGUUACCAAUCCACCUUUUGGUACGAAAAAUAACAGUGGUAUCGAUAUGUGUUUUGUUCAGACUGGCAUAACUCUAGCAUCAGGAGCAGUUUAUUCAUUUCACAAAAGCUCAACACGCGACUACAUACAAAAAAAGGUUAAGGACUGGCAUGUCAAGGGCAAUGUGGUGGCGGAGCUCAAAUAUAAUAUUGACACCAGCUAUUCAUUUCACAAAAGCAAGAGCGUUGAUAUCAAUGUAGACUUCUGGAGAUUUGAUGUGUCUGAGAAAAAUGUCUAAAACGACUACUACAUACGUCACCUUAAAAGUUUACAAUAUUCUUAGUUUUUUAUUUCAAAUACUAGAAAAUGUUUAUACAUAAUAUGCAUGUUUAUAUGUUUAGUUCAAACUAUAACACUUUCCGAACACUCGCUAUUCCUCCAUAACAACUUACAGCAUUUUUCUAAAGCAUUUAUAAAAAUGUAAAAAAUAUUUUACCGUUAAAUGUAAAAUAUGUAGUGAUAUUGAUAAUAACAAU